CAAUACCCAUGGUAAAAUUGCUUGAAAUCUAAACAUAGACAUAACAACAGAACCUCAAGCCAUCCAAUGACUGCCUCUGUGGAUCACCAAACAGAAGAAUAAAAAUGCCAGAGAUGAACAGCAGCAAAGAGAAAGGACCAUGAUGUCCCUGUUGGCUCUGGGCUUGAUGACCAUUACUUGUGUUUUCACUUCUGCUCUGCGUUUUGACAGUGCAAAGGUGUUUCGUGUGAAACCUCAAAAUGAAAAGCAAGCAAGCUUCAUGAAAUCCUUGGCAAGCCUCAUAAAGAUUGAUUUUUGGUACCCAGAUUCAGCACGGCAUAUAGUCAGACAUAUGGAAGUGGAUUUCCAUGUCAGUGCUGAACAAAGUAAUACUGUUGAGAAUCUCUUGAAGCAGAAUGGCAUACAUUAUGAAGUAUUAUUUCAAAAUCUGCAAGAAGACAUUGAAAAGCAACUUGAUGGUGACAAGAAUCUUUCCCAUGGACACAGCUACGAAAAAUAUAAUGAAUGGGGCAAGAUUUCUGACUGGACUGCCAGAAUUGCAAAAAGGAACUCAACACUGAUUUCCCGUAUCCAGAUUGGAAACACUUUUGAAAAUCGACCCAUAUUCCUUCUUCAGAUUGGAAAGAAAAGCGGAGAGGGGAAGGCCAUCUUCAUGGAUUGUGGUAUUCACGCACGAGAGUGGAUUUCUCCCGCCUUUUGUCAGUGGUUUGUGAAAGAGGCCAUCAGAACCUAUGGAAAAGACAGCAUCAUGACAUACAUACUGGAUAAUAUGAAUUUCUACAUCAUUCCUGUAGUCAAUAUAGAUGGCUAUAUCUGGAGCUGGACUCAGGAUCGCUUCUGGAGAAAGAAUCGUUCCAAUACAUCCCACAGUAACUGCAUUGGUGUUGACAUCAAUAGGAAUUUUGAUGUUGCAUGGGGCACUGUUGAUGCUUCCAAAAAUCCCUGUGAAGAAAUAUAUUGUGGAUCUGCACCAGAAUCUGAACCAGAAACUAAAGCAGUUGCAUCAUUCAUCCGUAGCCACCUUUCUUCAAUUAAGGCCUAUCUGACCAUGCAUUCCUACUCUCAGAUGAUAUUGUUCCCUUUUGGAUAUACCUAUGAGAAGACAGCUAAUUAUAAGGAAUUGGUAUGAAGGCAUUGCAAUUGUCCAAUUGCUAACAUUUCUAAUCUGAUUCUAUCUGCUUUGCACUCAAACAACACAUCUCUUUAGUAAUCUAGAGAUGGAAUCCUAUCAUCAUCUUUUUCACACAUCAUCAAAGAGAUGCACAUCCAGACAUCCUAGGACUACAUGUGGCUUCUCUUCCCCACCAAAAAUUACACCAAAUUGUUAAAUUUAAUGUGAUGAAAGAGGAGUAUUUUUAAAUGAAUGGCAAGUAAUUAU